UUCUCACCUGGUUUUUUCCUCCUUAAUUUUUCGCAUCGAAUAACUGCGCCAGAUGCGCGCAGCAGGGGUCGGAUCGCGGGAGAUGACAGGUGAUCGAAGCGCACGCAGAGCGCGGAGAGAAAGCGUGAGAGGGAGGGGGAGGAGAGCGCAUCUGUCAUGGCUGACGUUUGGUUGGCGAGCGUAGUUCGCGGUGGUGUACGGUAGUCCGUUGUCGUCCUCCAAGGAGACUGAUCGAAAGGGUCGGACGACGAGACCGGGACAACGCGAGGCAACGAUAAUGGGUAAUAAUGGGCAGACGCGCGGAUGCCGAUGCGAGGAUAGACGCUACUACUAGCGAGCUCGAGGUGCUCGUCGUGUCGGAAGAGACGGAGGUGAGCUUAUGCGAGCGAAGGUCCGCGAUGACGAUGGAGCCGCGGCAUCCCCGUAGGGCUCGCUUACGUCGCGUCGUCGGGGUAUGUCUGUUCCUGGCGUUGACUGGAAUCAUCUACCUGGGCUACUUCUGUCCGGAUCACGUGUGCGCCCUGACUAAUCGCGAGAUCAAAGAGUCCGUCAGGAUAUCCGAGAGCCUGUCCGCCCCCGCGGCUCUGUCUUCCGUCUCCAUCGAGUUUGAUAAAAACGGCCUGCUGUCGGUGCAUCCCGCCUUCAAGCUGCAGAGCAUCCAGGGUAGCCUGGGUUACGACGAUGUUUUCGCCAACGACACUUUCCAGUUUGACAUCAAUGCUCAUGACGUUAUGGUUUUUUUGCAUAUACAGAAAACUGGUGGGACAUUAUUUGGAAAGCAUCUGGUGCGAGACCUAGAGUUACAAAGACCGUGUUCGUGUCAACGACGACGAAAGCGUUGCUUCUGUUUCCGUCCAAAUCGUAACGAGAACUGGUUAUUUUCACGAUAUUCUACUGGCUGGAAAUGCGGUCUACACGCGGAUUGGACCGAACUGACAAACUGUGUAGAUACAGAGCUCAAUAAAAUUGAAGGAGAAGGCAUCAAGCGCCGUUACUUUUACCUAACUAUCAUAAGAGAUCCCGUCGCGAGGUAUCUCUCCGAGUUCAAGCAUGUGCAAAGAGGUGCUACAUGGAGAGGUGCUCGUCAUUGGUGCGGAGGCACUCAAGCAAAUAUACCCCAAUGUUACAAUGGUUCCAGUUGGAAAAAUGUCACUUUAGAACAGUUCAUGGCGUGUCCUUACAAUUUGGCAAGUAAUCGUCAAACUAGAAUGCUGGCAGAUCUGUCAAUAGUUGGCUGUUAUAAUUCUACUCUUAGCAGUAUUGACAGAGAUCGUCUAAUGUUGGCCAGUGCUAAACACAAUUUGCAAUUCAUGCCUUUCUUCAUGUUGACUGAGUAUCAAAAGGUGGGGCAAUAUACCUUUGAGGAAACAUUUAAGAUGCGAUUUGCAGUUGCCUUUGAACAACAUAAUGCUACACUCAGCGCAGCUACUAUGGCAACCCUUAGCGCAGAACAAUUGGACAGUGUACGUAGGCUCAACAGUCUGGAUCUGGAACUCUAUGAAUUUGCAAAGAAUCUCGCCUUUCAGAGAUUUAGACGGCUUAGAGAUCGCGAUCCACAUUUCGUACAACGAUUUCAACAUCUUGGUGAAUUACCAUCAAGGCAAAGUGUCACAGAAUUUAAUUGGGAUUCCGUCAUUGAAGAUACUACAGAGUGAUAUGUAAGUACAUUAUUAAGCAAUCUCUGUCGACGCCAAGCAAUUCUGGAUCUGAAUAACUUAGAGAAAUGCAAACAGAAUGAUUUAUACAUAUAAACCAUGUAGAUAUCUGCGUAAAAUUUACCAAAUGCACAGAAAAGUACUUGGACAAGACCAAAGAGAAAUCUGAGAACCUUGUGAUGAACUUGGCUAUUCUAUCAGCAACUAAAAGUGUAAAAGUUGCAAUGUAAUAUUUGCAAAAAUUUUCUAUGUUUCAUAAAAUACUCAUACACUCUAGGAAGGUUCUUCCACAUAUAAGUAACAUAUCUUUGCUUAUGUUUCUACAGAUAAAACUGCUAAUUUUUUAUAAGAUUUAUCUGCAAAUUAAAUUAUUGCCAUAUUCGCCAAAUAAUUUUUCUCAAAUUAAUUUCUAUAUAUAUUUAUCUAGUUUUUAA